CGCGGGCGCCGGUCGCCGGCGAGCGGCCCCGUGUCACGAGUCUGAGGAAAGGGAAGCAGUAGUGAAGUGUGGGCCGCACAGCAACUGUGAAACACGUGUUCUACUGCGCACCGGCUGGCGACUCGCUCCCCGUCUCAUCGCCCAUCGGUGCCGAGCCGGACGAGUCUGCAGUUUUUGCUGCCUGAUAUUCUGCGCAGCUGGCUGCGGCCUCCAACGGAACGACACGGCGACGAUCGACAGAUAGACCCGUGAAGCACCGACGGUUCAAGCUCUCAAGCUCGUCGGCGCGACGCCCGCCAAGGUCACGGCGUCAAAACAAUCGGUGGGCGGGCGCACGUGGAAAGUGCCGUGAACGGGUAGUGUUCGAACUUCGUGACCGCCAGGCGGCGUUGAGAAUCCCGGUGCCGAUCACGUGAGCCGCCGGAACGGAGGAUCGGAUCACGGUGUCUGGUGGCUCUCCUGACCGUCUCGUGUGCCGACAGGACACCAGACGCGUUUGUUUAUCGUUGUGAAACGGGAGAUAGAUCACGUCUUGCGUCAGCGCGGGCGUGGUGUGCUGUUGAGUGGCCCAUCCACUGUGUCAUUACGCUGUUGCGUCGUGCGUCGCCUGGUCGUGACUUGCAUUAGGUUGUGUUAGUUCUGAAGUGCUGCAAUGGCCGAGGGUCGGGAUCCGACCGUUCCGCGGGCAUCUGAGGCUCCCCUGGGCUCCGGCUCCGGCUCCGGCUCCGGCUCGGGCCGCCGCGCCGUCUCCGGCUCCGUCUCCGUGCCCCGCUCCCGGCGGUCAGAGGACUCCUACGAGCCGGGCUCCCUGAGCCAGUCGGUGGACUCGUGUCUCUCCGCCGGGGAACUGUGCCGACAGGAGGAGCGGAUGGCCUCCAUGAGCGACUCCCUGUACAGCACUGCCAGUGACGUGACACUGGUCGGGGAGUGCUCCUGCCCCGCCGGCGCUCCGUGCCUCUGCGGUGCCGUGAAGGAUCUAGGAGAGGAGGUGAGCAGCAGCACGGACAGCGGCGCAUCGGUGAGGGAGUGUGCCAGCAGCAGGAACGGCAGUGGUGCCGAAAAACUGAUGUCAAUCGAGGCGGCAGCAAAUUGUGAACGAGAGGGACGCGAAAAAGCUGGUAAGGUAUUAAAGUCUGACACUAGGGAGGAGAAAGGUCGCUCACGCUCGGUUGGUAGAGAUAAUAACACGCCAACUCUUCCUGUUGUUACAAUUCAUGACGAGGCAGCUACUGCAGCUGCUGAAGACGAUGACGAAGCGACGCCUCGAGCGCCGGCCGCCGGCCGCCCGUCCGCUCCCGUCACUGCGUCGGGAGGCUCGGGUCUCCGAGUGCCCGAACCUGAGCGAACCCGACGUCUGUCGCUGGAUUCGUCGGGAAUACUCGCUGCGGCCUUCCACCAGAGCGAGCAGUUCCACGAGCUCAACGACGCCCGCGACGACCGGCCGGUCAGCUUCGUCGUCUCCGGCGGAGCGGACCGGUCCCAGUCGCGGAGCACGUCGGCUUCGGAGAGCCGCAGCGACGAGGGCGAGGGGGGCGACGACGGCGGCGACGACGAAGACGUUGUUGACGACGACAGCCGGUCUGACAAUGAGCUCGAGCAGGCGCUGUAUCAGUUCCACCAUCAGCGGCGGGAGAGCUUAACCUCGGCCUCGGAUGUCAGCGUCCAGGAGCUAGAGUUGGAGACGACCGGAGACUUUCCUCACGACUUCCAGUUCCCGGGCGCUGGCGGCUCCAGUCGGCACCCGCCCGCGGUGUGGCCCAGUGAGGCCGAGGCGGCACGGAGACUCGCCGAGAGGGUCGGGAUGAGUAACGGAUCUCGAUCGCGACGUCAGGCCGCCCGGAGAUCGUCAGAGGACAGAGGGAGACGAGAGACAGCAGCACAACCCUCUAGACCUCCCGUGGUGCCUGCGGUUGUCAUAGAGCCUGCCGACGAGCCUGCCGCCAGCGCCGCCGCCGCGCCGCCUCCCGCCCGGCCCCCACCCGUGCGACGGGGCCUGCUGGCCAGACUGGUGGACUCGACGGCCGCCUUUCUGCUGGGCGGCAUGCAGGACGACGGUGGCGACCGGCGGCACCGCUCGUACACGGUCAGCGCCUCCGACUACCGCCGCUCCGCCGCCGCCGCCGCCGCCGCCGCGGCGAGACGGGCCGCGGCAGAGGCCGGCGAGGACCCGACCGCCUCCCCGGCGGGGUCCGCUGAGCCGGACGCCGCCUCCACUUCCUCCCGCUCCCCGGUGCUGGGCCAGGUGGAGGAGCCGGCCACGGUCUGCCGGCAGUGUCAGGAGCCGAGCUGCUCGCCUGAGGUGGCCUGUCAACGGCCGCUCGCCCGACGCCUCUCGGUACACAGCGACGAUCGACCGGUCGCCAUCAUCUCGGAGCAGCGAGACGGCCUUCUGGCGCCACCUACCGUGGUGGGUGGCGGUGGUGGCGGUGUCGGCAGCGACCGACCCCCGUCAGCGGAGGGACCGACAGAUGAGAGGCGAAAGAUGCGUCAGCAGGCAAUGCAGAACGAUUUGAGGGUGAAUGUCACCUAUCACAAUGUGAAGCCCGGUGAGACCAUCCCAAGUAUCGCCGCCUUCUACGAGUGCCUGCCGGGCGAGCUGAAGGAGCUGAACCGACUGCAGUUCAAGAAGACCAUUCUGCCGGGCCAGGUGUUGCGUGUUCUGGAUCGGCGAUCCACUCCAGAGCCGACCCAGAGCCAAGGAGGCGGUGACGCCGACCAGGAGCCCCCAUCGGACAGCGGAGGGCUGUCGAUCAGACACCGCUCGCGGUCCACACCGAGCGGCUCGCACGGAACGGCCCGUGCCGGGGACGACACGAACGGCAAGCAGCACAUCCAGAUCCGCCGGACGCGACUCUUCACGGAGUCCGAGGGCGUGGCGGUGGGCACGCUAAUCAUGACGCCCAACUCGCUCAUGUUCCGCCCGAACGUGUCCGACCCGCUGGUGGUGGACCGCGGCGUGGAGUACUACACGGUCGACGUACCGGUACGGUACCUGGUGACGGCCGAAUACUAUACGGAGCCGCCCCACCACAGCCCCGCCGCCGCCUCACAACACCGAGAGGCACAUCGAGAAUCGUUCAGCUCCAAGGAAAAGCGUCGGAGCUCGGCACCGGACCCUACGACUUCGGAAGGGGGCGCUAAGGUCGAGACGUCCACCACAGAUGACUCGCACAUCACCGUAUCUGGCGGCAAGCGACCCUGUUCCACCAGCUCGGACGAUGGACAGGGUCCAGAGGGAUCCACCACCGCUCUCGGAGACAGUAAACCCUCGUCACCACAGAAGCCAAAGACGGACACUGGAUCCAAACCCGACCCGGGUGAACCGGGCGACCCGGGCAGCCCGGAGAAGCGUAACGACUCGAGCCCGGCCGGCGCUGACCGCUCGCCGUCUUCCCCGGCCAGUGCGGGCGAGGCCAAGCGGCCGGCGUACGGUAGGGGGUCGAGGGACGGUCGGGCCAGCUUCUCCGCGCCGCCGCCGCCGCAGGAAGGAGACGAGGAGUACGGAUCGCCUCUGUCCAGUGUCAUACCCAUCGUGUCCUCAGUGUCGUCCGCGACAGAGGGCUCCGAGUGCUCACUGCCGCUGUCUACGAGCCUGCGCAGCCAGGGCUCAGUCGGUGUCCCUUCCCCGGCACCGGAGGCCACCGCUACGGGAGAGGCGCAGGAUGAUAAACAGAACACCGAAGCAGCUGAACGCGCAAAGACCAUUGCUCUCCGGAAAGGCUCUACUGGCUCGGAACACUCGCUCAAGAACGAAAUAGCUUUUGACGAGAAGCCUUCACUGUUCAAGGCAGCAGACGAGCUGCUGCGGGUGCAUACCCCGGUGGUGUCGCAGCCACCUCUUUACCUGGAGAUGGUGACGGGAAAGACGCGCGGCCGGCUGCUGCCCCGCUCAGAGCGCACCAAAGUCAUGUUCUGUGGCCAGCGCCGUCUGCCCUCGCGUGUGCUGUUCGCCGUACCCCGAGACAGAUGCGAGGAGCUGCACCAGUUCAUCACCCAGUGGACGCCGGAGCUCUCUGACGAUGUCGAUCUAACAACCAAGCUGCAGCGCCAGGGCUUUGAGCAAAUCGACUCUGACGACGAUAUCUGGGAGCCGGAGGAGCUGGAGGGCGACUGGGAGGAGGUGGAUUUCGGCGGGUACCCGCUCGGGAGAGGAGCAAAGGCUGGAGAGCCGACUGACGGACCUGCCCAGCCGGCAGCACCACCCUCGCCGCUGGACGCGGCCUUCCUUCCGGAGCUGAUCGGUAACACAGAGCUGCUGACGGACGAGGCGAGACUGUGCCUGCAGCGACACCUGCCCGCCCGAGUGGAAGGUCACCCGUGGCAGCUGGUGUAUAGCGCCUCCGAGCACGGCUUCAGUCUGAAGUCGCUCUACCGGCAGGCCGUCGAGUUUGACUGCCCCAUGCUGAUGGUAGUCAAGGAUGCAUCCGAUAGCGUGUUUGGUGCGGUCUGCACCGAUCCGAUCCGGUUCGGCAAACACUACUACGGCACCGGCGAAUCGUUCCUGUUUACGCUGCGGCCCCAGUUCCGCGUGUACCGCUGGUCCGGCGAGAACCAGUACUUCGCCAGGGGAUCGACCGACUGCCUCGAGUUCGGCUCUGGAGAUGGUCGCGCAGGUCUCUACGUAGACGAGGACCUGGCGCGAGGCAUCACAGAGCCGUGUCAAACCUACAACAACGACCCGCUCACGGUCGGCAAGGAGUUCUUCAUCACCGCCGUGGAGCUGUGGGCGCUGGGCUGAGCCGCCUCUUCGACAGACAUCAGCAUUUCACUGCUGCCUGUCGUCCCGUACGGACGGAGUACGGCCGUCUCUCCCGUACGGACGGAGUACGGCCUGUCUCCCCCGUACGGACGGAGCGACGGAGCCUGCUCUCGGCGCAGUGCAGGACACUGCAGGGACGGGCAACCCAGUGACACUGGAACCCGAGUGAGCGCUCCGGUGGUCUUUUCAAAGCCGCUGAGAGUGGCAGACUGGUGUUCGAAGACUGUGUCAAGAUGGCGGCGUCAAAAGCGAGUCGGCGUCACACGGCACAGGUGACGCCGUGUGUCGCUGGGGUGACUUCACAAAGCGAACUGGGCCUAGUGAGCCGACCGUCACACGAAAAGACAGUUGCGUCGCAGCCUUUCUACAAUGUGUCAGUGUGUGCUGUCGUGUGUAAUUUAAUGUGAGCAGUGGUGACGUGUGGAAUUCUUCAGGCUGUGAGUCUCCUGUGUAUCGUGUGUUUGUAUGGCGAUAAUCUGUCCCGCCCAAUGUACGGAGGGUGCAGUCUUUCGCCUUAGGGCCAGAAACCACGCGUCACAGCUGCGUUACGUCGAAUGUGUAAUAAUCGCCAGCUCUUUGUGUGUAUCCAUCUCGACCGUAUCCACCAAGCUAUGGUUUGGUCAUUCCAACGCCGCCGGCUCGUGCUUCUGGUGUGCCAGGGCCGGCCGGUCCGAUUUCCCGUUGUUUUAUGUCUGUACUUUCACAUCGUCACCGUCUUUUACUACUGAAUGUGCACUGUAUGCUACGCUGCUGGUUAAGAUAUGUUCAAUUGUAAAUAAACGGACAGUGUUUGA